AUGGCAUCUACCCUCAGCCAUCAUGGAGUUCAACAUGUGAAUUUCGGAUGCAGCUGCUUCACAGGUGAUGCCAACACUAGUCUACAUGGUGCUGCUAGCAUCCUACAUGAUGUUGCUAGACGUCCAGGUGAUGCUACUAGCAUCCCACACAGUGCUGCUAGUAUCCUACGUGGUAAUGCUACUAGCAUAUCUGGUGAUGUUGGUAGCAUUUCAGAUGAUGCCACGUGCAUCCCAGGUGAUAAUGCUAAAAUCCCAUGGUAUCGUUAG